AUGGAAGCAGGAUCGAAGGAGAUUAAAUUGGGGAUGAGGCGAAAAGAGGAACAUCGGCAGCAGCGUGAAAAAAGUGGGUUGACUCGGAAAAUACAGGCCGUAUUGCAAGUGUAUAAUUUACAGGACCGUUUCGGCACACCAGGGAUGAACAAAAGAAGCUCUCUCAUCUCUCAUCAGCCCCCCAACAUAAAAGCAGAUCCAACUAUUUGGCCUAGUCUCUACCAGGAAGCCAGCAUUAGAGAAUGUUCCAGGGAUUUUUCUCAAUUGCAGGGCACAGCGCAAGACCUGGGCGACCUGCAAGAUGGCAAGGUUUUUUUCGAUACAGGGGGGUUACCGCCCGCAGCCUGGUCUCUUGUAGUGGAGAUGUCUUUAUCAAAGGUUGGUGUGUCUGGAUACAUCCCUCCUCUGGGUCUUCUUCCCGUUUGCAUUGGGCGCCAACGGGCUGCCAGUGGGUGGUUCCACGGCGCGAACAAACGAUCUGUUGGGACACCCUAG